GUCCGCCACCGUGUUAUGGGCAUGCGCUACUGCCUCGACGGCAAUAAUAUGUCAGGACAACGCAAUAGCCCCCCUGAACUCGGGGAGCAGCCCGAGCAACCACCAUUGGAGGCCCCAGGGGCAGCUGCCCCCGGUGCUGGGCCUAGCCCAGCCGAAGAGAUGGAGACCGAACCGCCUGGCGUCGAGCCCAUCCCCAUCGAGACUGAAGGCGAGGCCUGUGGACCCUCAGAGGUCUCCAGGCCCAACUUCCAAGGCCGCGAGCAGGCCUUCGAGGAUGCCAGAGUCUGUAGAGGCUACAGCCCACCUCCUGAGGAAGCCAUGCCCUUCGAGGUUGAGCAGCCCAGCUUGGGAGGCUUCUGGCCUACCCCGGAGCAGCCUGGAGAUGCCACUGGGGCCCAUGCAGGCCUUGAGGCCUUCGGCGCAGCGCUCAUGGAGCCCGGAGCCCCCGGUGAUGCCAUACCCAGCCUGGGAAGCUACAGCCCUCCACCAGAAGAAGCUAUGCCCUUCGAGUUUGAGCAGCAGCCUGCCCAGGGAGGCUGCAGCCAGCCUCUGCUGCAGGUCUCAGACCUGGCACCGGGCGGCCCAGGUGCUGGGGUCUUCAACACUGCUCCAGAGGAGCUGGGAGACCUCAGACCCGCCAACGCAGGCUUCCGAGGAGGCGGCAGCCCUUCCCCUGAGGAGGCUAUGCCAUUUGAGUUUGAUGGAGCAGCCCGAGGGGAUGAUAGCCCACCCCCCGGGCUCCCCCCAGCUAUCCCACAAAUCGACGGUGGUGGCCAGUUCGCGGCAGUCGCGGUCUCGAGUGCGGUCCUCCUCGCUCCCGCCGCGAACGAGCCCCCCCUCUGGGUCCCAGGCGCCAUCGGCAGCCCAUCCCGAGAGGCUGUCAGAUCUCCUCCACAUUUCGCGGGCGACAGCCCCCCGAUGGAGAUCUCCGGACCCUCGCUCGAGAUUGGCAGCGCCCCCAUUGGGGUCGACGACGCUCCCGUCAACAUGGACAGCCCCCCAAUCGCGCUUGACGACCCGCCCAUCGAGGUCUCCCGAGCCCCAGUUAAGAGAGAGCGAGCAGAGGGAGAGAGACCCCCAGUUGAGGGAGAAGCAGCCGAGAUGGAAGGAGGCUCAGCCGCCGCGGCUGCGGAGGGAGGACAAGUCCCCUCUCCGGGGGACGGAGCCGCUGCCGCCGGGGCCGCUGCCGCUGGGGCCGCGCCUGACGCCGGGGCAGCCCCGAAAGCCCCAGCCGAGCCUGACGCCGGGCCAGCCCCCGGCGCCCCAGCCGAGCCUGAGGCCGGGCCAGCCCCCGGCGCCCCAGCCGAGCCUGACGCCGGGGCAGCCCCUGCCGCCCCAGCCGAGCCUGACGCCGGGCCAGCCCCGAAAGCCCCAGCCGAGCCUGACGCCGGGGCCGCCCCGAAAGCCCCAGCCGAGCCUGACGCCGGGGCCGCCCCGAAAGCCCCAGCCGAGCCUGACGCCGGGCCAGCCCCCGGCGCCCCAGCCGAGCCUGACGCCGGGGCCACCCCGAAAGCCCCAGCCGAGCCUGACGCCGGGGACCCCCCGAAAGCCCCAGCCGAGCCUGACGCCGGGGCCGCCCCGAAAGCCCCAGCCGAGCCUGACGCCGGGGCCGCCCCGAAAGCCCCAGCCGAGCCUGACGCCGGGCCAGCCCCGAAAGCCCCAGCCGAGCCUGACGCCGGGGACCCCCCGAAAGCCCCAGCCGAGCCUGACGCCGGGCCAGCCCCCGGCGCCCCAGCCGAGCCUGACGCCGGGGCCGCCCCGAAAGCCCCAGCCGCGCCUGACGCCGGGGCCGCCCCCAGAGCGCCGGCCGCCCCAGCCUCCGGAGCCCGGCCGAAGAGCCGCUUCCUGCGGCCCCCCAGCCCCGAGAUCCAGGUUGCCGACCCGCCUACUCCGCAGCCUGCUCGCGCGCACGCCUGGCGGGACAGGGCCGAGCGCGGCCGCGGCCGCCGCGACGACGAGGAGGGCUCGGUCGGCAGCGACAGCAGCGGCGCCGAGUCCGACGAUGGCACCUCCGGCUGCCACCGCUGGCUGCUGUCCCGCAGGGGCCGCCGGCGCCGCAAGCCCCGGCGCAACUUGCUCCGCAACUUCCUCUUGCAAGCCUUCGGGGGCUGCUUCGGCCGCGCCGAGGCCCGAUCCGAGAGCCCCAGCCCCGCCGCGGCCAGCCCCAAGGCCAAGAAGGUGCCCCUGGCGGAGAAGCGCCGCCAGAUGCGCCAGGAGGCCAUGGAGAUGCGAGCUCAGAGGCGCGCCGAGAAGAAACGCAGCAAGCUCAUCGACAAGCAGCUCCAGAGCGAGAAGAUGGGUUACAUGUGUACGCACCGCCUGCUGCUUCUAGGUGCCGGAGAAUCUGGUAAAAGCACCAUCGUGAAGCAAAUGAGGAUCCUGCAUGUUAAUGGGUUUAAUGGAGAGGGCGGCGAAGAGGACCCGCAGGCUGCAAGGAGCAACAGCGAUGGUGAGAAGGCCGCCAAAGUGCAGGACAUCAAGAACAACCUGAAGGAGGCCAUCGAAACCAUUGUGGCCGCCAUGAGCAACCUGGUGCCCCCCGUGGAGCUGGCAAACCCUGAGAACCAGUUCAGAGUGGACUACAUCCUGAGCGUGAUGAACGUCCCCGACUUUGACUUCCCUCCCGAAUUCUACGAGCACGCCAAGGCUCUGUGGGAGGACGAGGGCGUGCGCGCCUGCUACGAGCGCUCCAACGAGUACCAGCUGAUCGACUGCGCGCAGUACUUCCUGGACAAGAUUGAUGUCAUCAAGCAGGCUGACUAUGUGCCUAGCGACCAGGACCUGCUCCGCUGCCGCGUCCUGACUUCUGGAAUCUUUGAGACCAAAUUCCAGGUGGACAAAGUCAACUUCCACAUGUUCGAUGUGGGCGGCCAGCGCGAUGAACGCCGCAAGUGGAUCCAGUGCUUCAAUGAUGUGACUGCCAUCAUCUUCGUGGUGGCCAGCAGCAGCUACAACAUGGUCAUCCGGGAGGACAACCAGACCAACCGCCUGCAGGAGGCUCUGAACCUCUUCAAGAGCAUCUGGAACAACAGAUGGCUGCGCACCAUCUCUGUGAUUCUCUUCCUCAACAAGCAAGACCUGCUUGCUGAGAAAGUCCUCGCUGGAAAAUCGAAAAUUGAGGACUACUUUCCAGAAUUUGCUCGCUACACUACUCCUGAGGAUGCUACUCCCGAGCCCGGAGAGGACCCACGCGUGACCCGGGCCAAGUACUUCAUCCGCGACGAAUUCCUGAGAAUCAGCACGGCCAGCGGAGACGGGCGCCACUACUGCUAUCCUCACUUCACCUGCGCCGUGGACACUGAGAACAUCCGGCGCGUGUUCAAUGACUGCCGCGACAUCAUCCAGCGCAUGCACCUGCGCCAGUACGAGCUGCUCUAAGAAGGGAACCCCAAAUUUAAUUAGAGCCUUAAGCACAAUUAAUUAAGAGUGAAACGUAAUUGUACACGCAGUUAAUCACCCACCAUAGGGCAUGAUUAACAAAGCAACCUUUCCUUUCCCCCGAGUGAUCUUGCAAAACCCCCUUUUCCCUCCUGCUUGCUUAAAUAUUCCAAAUUUAGAAAGCUUAAGGCGGCCUACAGACAAAAAGGAAAAGAAAAAGAAAAAGGCCACAAAAGUUCCCUCUCUCUUUCAGUAAAAAAAUAAAAGCAGCAAACAGAAUUAAAGAAAUGAAAUAAAAGAAAUAAAUAAAACAAAUAAAUAUUGUCUUGUGCAGCAUUAAAAAAUCAAAAUAAAAAUUAAAUGUGAGCAAAAGAAUG